GAAGUUUUUAACAAGGACAAAAUUGGAAAAUUUGGGAUAUAAAAGAUACAUGGAAGGCCUAAAGAAAAAACAUUCACCUUUUGAGCUUCAUAGCCCAUAAUUAUAUAACCCAAAACAGACCAAUAAUUUGAGCCCGUAAAUAAAAUUACAUUGCGUAAAUAAAAAACUAGCUACUUAUGUUUUUUCUUCUUUUUUUGUUUUUCCAGUUUGGUGGUGAAUACUUUCUAUUUACGUAACCAUUUCCAUCUCUGUAAACACAAAUCAAUAUAGCAUGAAAAGAUAGGAAAAUUGAAUUGAUCAAUUCCAUUUUGUUGAAAACAUGGGAGAUCAAUUAGCAAAAGCAGAAGAUUGUGAGAACAAGGCAGAGAAAAAGCUAAGUAGUUGGGGCAUGUUUGGUUCCAAAUUUGAAGAUGCUGCUGAUCUAUUUGAUAAAUCUGCAAAUCAUUAUAAACUCGCCAAAUCAUGGGAUAAAGCAGGAUCAACCUAUGUUAAGUUAGCAAAUUGUCAUUUGAAGUUGGAAAGCAAACAUGAAGCUGCCUCAGCUUAUGUUGAUGCUGCACAUUGCUACAAAAAAAUCAAUAUGAAUGAGGCUAUAUCUUGCUUAGAUAAUGCUGUAAAUAAUUUCUGUGACAUUGGAAGAAUUUCUAUGGCUGCUAGAUAUUUGAAGGAAAUUGCAGAAUUAUGCGAGUCUGAACAAAAUAUUGAGAAGGCCCUUGUUUAUUAUGAAAAAUCAGCUGAUUUGUACGAAAGCGAAGAAGUGACAACAUCUGCAAACCAAUGCAAGCAAAAAGUUGCUCAAUUUUCUGCUCAGCUACAACAAUAUCAGAAAGCGAUCGAAAUUUACGAAGACAUAGCUCGUCAAUCUCUCAGCAAUAAUUUGUUGAAGUACGGAGUUAAAGGACAUCUUCUUAAUGCUGGGAUUUGCCAACUUUGUAAAGGAGAUGUUAUUGCGAUUACCAAUGCAUUAGAGCGAUAUCAGGACUUGGAUCCAACAUUUUCAGGAACACGCGAAUAUAGACUUUUGGCGGAUGUCGCGGCUGCAAUUGAUGAAGAAGAUGUUGCAAAGUUUACUGAAGUUGUCAAGGAGUUUGAUAGCAUGACUCCUUUGGAUUCUUGGAAAACAACACUUUUUCUUAGGGUGAAGGAACAAAUAAAAGCAAAAGAACUUGAGGAGGAUGAUCUUACAUAAAUUGUGCCUUAGUCUUAUGUUAGUUUCACUUUAUCAGUUUGAUUAUUUGUCUUGUAUUAUGAUUGUCUAUGCAGUUGUUCAAAAACUUGA